CCUUGAGAGCACAUUUACGAAGCUUUCACUCGACCUAACUGCCCGGAUGCUAAUUUGUGUUUGGCUGAGUUCACGCUCGAGAGGCCUUCAAUGGGACGUCCUAUUGUGCCAGGCACUGCAGAGAAUGCGCAAGAAAUGGUCCAGCCAGGCCACGUGGACGCGCACACGCCACCUCGUGCGUGUGUUUGUGCGUGUGCGUGUAUAUAAUGCACCUUAUUCAUCCCUCAGUACCGUAACAAAUGUUUUUGAUAUUGCUGCAAGGCCUCGUGAUGAGUGUUCCAAGUGCACGACAAACCAUCGACACCAUUUCCUGUGAUCAUCGACAGAGGGCGGCAGAGUAUCAGCUCCUACUGAUGGUGUGACAGUGUCUGAAGGCUGAAAGGCGGGGGCGCCAGAAUGCCGGAGCAGAGCAACGACUACCGCGUGGUGGUGUUCGGGGCGGGCGGCGUCGGGAAGAGCUCCCUGGUGCUGCGUUUCGUCAAGGGCACCUUCCGCGACACCUACAUCCCCACCGUGGAGGACACCUACCGCCAGGUGAUAAGCUGCGACAAGAGCGUGUGCACGCUGCAGAUCACCGACACCACCGGGAGCCACCAGUUCCCCGCCAUGCAGCGCCUCUCCAUCUCCAAGGGACACGCCUUCAUCCUGGUCUACUCCAUCACCAGCAAGCAGUCGCUGGAGGAGCUCAAGCCCAUCUACCAACAGGUGCUGGCCAUCAAGGGCAACGUGGAGGCCAUCCCCAUCAUGCUGGUUGGCAAUAAAAGCGACGAGACCCAGCGCGAGGUGGACACCAAGGACGGCGAGGCGCAGGCCAGCCAGUGGAAGUGCGCCUUCAUGGAGACGUCGGCCAAGACCAACCACAACGUGACCGAGCUCUUCCAGGAGCUUCUCAACCUGGACAAGAAGCGCAACAUGAGCCUCAACAUCGACGGCAAGCGCUCAGGGAAGCAGUCGCGCGCCGAGAGACUGAAGGGCAAGUGCAGCCUCAUGUAAACGACGGCUGGAAAGAAGGACGACCACGCAGAGAGGAACCCCCCCCCCCACGUCAUUCGCAUCAUCUCCCACUCAUGACUCGGCGGUGGUUUAACGCUGUGGAUCGGAUCGUUCGACGGGAAUCCUCUAAUCCACCCUCCACAUAUUCAUCGCGUAGACAAACGAAAGGUUAAGAGCUUGUUUUUUUCCUGUGAGGUGGGAGAGCAUGAACCACACAAGAAGGAUGUAAAUAAACGCCAUGUACGACCAGACCCCGCCCCCACCCUGACGAGAAGAAAAAAACAACAACCCCCUCUCCUCAAGUGGUAACGCACACACGACGCAACAAUCCUUUUAAGACUCUUCGGAAAGCGUGACGCAUUUAGGGAGCGUCGGGAAACCGGAGCGCUCCAGCAACCCCGUCUUACCUUGCUUGCUUUUUCCUCGAGACCAAUUGCCAAGCUGGUGAGACUCGAGGAGAAUUUGGGGCGUUUCUGAAGGUCAAGAAUGUCCACUUUAGUUUUGUUGUUUGCCUUGUUUUUGAUGCUUUAAGUCAAAACACACAAAAAAAGCACACGACUAUAACAAAAAAA